AUGAAGUAUAUUAAUUUUUAAAUAGGUGUAAGCUAAAUAAAUAAAAAAUAAUCAAACACGCACUUAGUCAAGCAAGCAAUAGAAUAUUUCAGUAAUUAGAUUUUUUUGGGAAAGAAAAGAACUAUUAUUAUUUAAAAUUUUUGUAUAAUUUUUGAAUGCUUUUCUCAAUUUGAAGCCUAAAAAUAAAACAAACAAAACUUUAAGUUUUAAAAAAGCCCCUUCCUACAAAGUCUAUAUUAAGUUUAAAAAAAGAUAGAAUAAAAUUAAUAAUUUUAAUUUAAAUUAUUUUUCUAUAUGCUACUAAUAAAUGAAAUAUCUAGAAUUUUCUUGUUAUUAGAAUUUUCCCAGUCAUUUCUGUGGUAUUUUCUGAUAUUUAAAAAAUACAAUUUAACUCACUCAUAUUAUAUUUAUUAUCUUUGUUUUGAUAACACAAGUGAGAAGGUAAUUCUGCUAAAUAUAUAUAUUUGUAAUCCCAAAUUAUAUGUAUGUAAAAAGCGCAGUUAUAUACAAUUAAUCAUUCUUUUUUUACAUUUAAACUAAGUUUUUAUAAUAAGGCUAAUUAUUUUGUAGGAUAGACGAAAAAGCCUUUUUAAGUACGAUUCCUCAUCUCUCAUCUAAUCUAUUAUAUUUUCUGAUUAGAUAGUGUUCGAAAUAUUUUGUAAGUAUUUUGAUUUGAAAAAAAAAAACAUCCAAAUUCUAAAACAAACACAAAGAUAUCUCAUUAAAUUUUAUUUCUUUUAUAUGAUUAUUUAAAUAUUGAACAGUAGAAUAAUAAAUAGGGUAUUUCGCAUUUUUUAAUAAAGCAAAUAUAACCUUUUUCAUAAAUAAAUGGGACCUAAAAUUUACAAAUUCAGUGCUAAAUUGCUAAAAAAGACAAAGCUUAUUUCAUUCCUACAAAUUGUAAAUGAGAAGAUUUUUUAAGUGAUAGAAAGAUUUUUUAAUUUUCAUAAUACUAAGCAAUAAUAUAUAAGAAUAGCAUAAGGAAUUUUUGAUAAUAUAGACGAAAAGAAUUCCUUCCUUUUUUAAUUUAUUAUUUAUUAGGAUAUAAUAAGUAUUUUCAUCGCAUUUAAUCUUACUCUCUCUCUUUUAAAAUUCAGAAUAUCUUUAACAGCAUAUACCUAAUACUCUAUUAAAAUAAUUUUUGAUACAGCACCUUAUAUAAAUAUCUCACGAAUGGAAUAAGAGCUUGUAGAUUAAGUAAAUAUCAAUCAAGAUUUAAGCAAUCAUAGCAACGAAAAGAGAAGUGAUUUUAGAGACUCAAAUUCGCAAUUUGAUGCUUAAAGAUAUGCCAAAGAUGAUGCCAGCAAGAAAAAUUCGCUUGCAAACAGAAAAUUAGAUUUAGAAAAUAAUUAAUGUUAUGAAGAUGAUUAUUCAUUAGAUUCAACAGCUGCUCCUAAUCAAGACACUUAGUCUCAUAAAAAAAAGCACUAUGAAAAAUUAGGUUCACUGAAAAAUAAAGGCAGUGCAAGAAGUACUUCAGCAACACUUUUUGCCCUAGAUUCUAGUCGCGUAGAUACAUAACUUUUGAAAUAUGAAUAAACUAAAUUGCCUAUUUAUCUAGGCUGUCACAAGCCUAUUUUGUGGUAUAAAAAUAAACCGAUUCUUACUAUUGGGCCUCACUGGUAUUUGACAUUAUGCUUGUGGAUAAGCAUUUUAAUUACUGCCUAUAUAAUUGCAGAAAAUAUUGCAAGCACAUUUGAAAAUAAACUUUGGUACUAUAUACUAUACAUAAUCGUGGGACUUCUUUUGUUUUUCUUCACCAUUACGGCACUAUUGAAUCCAGGAAUAGCUACAGAAAAAGAGUCUGACAGUGAAAAUGGCUAAGUUUUAGGGACAUGUCCCUUAUGCGAGAUUGUCUUGGAUAACACGACCUUUCAUUGUAUGGACUGUAGGGUGUGCAUUAGAGGAUUUGAUCAUCACUGUCCUUGGACUAGCAAGUGUAUUGGAGCAAACAAUAUUCAUGUCUUUUAUGUUUUUAUUGCUUUCUUUUUAAUAUUUUUUGUUUAUUCUAUAUUUUUGUGCAUAUUGUAUGCUUUUUGA